AUGCGCACUUCAGCAUGGCUCCGCUCCCGGCCUGCCUCUCUGUCGACGAUAUUUCUGCUUUCGGGUUAUCUCGCUGGGCAGCUGGACCUCCUUUUCGCCUCCCUGCCAAGCCCACCUCGAAUACGCAAAGAGGCUUGCUGGUUGACGAGGGCGCACGCCUCCUCUAACACGUUUCCGGAGAAAACUCCGCCUUGCGCGACGCUGCCACGAGGUGGCCAUGCUGAGCGCACCGAGGGUCUGGUUCGAUGGCGCUCGCUCCCAAGUACUCCGUUAUGA